UUUCUUCAAACAGACGAAGUUAGUGAACAGGACUCUCAUCAAUCAUCUCCACCUCACUUCAGAGGUGUUUCCGCCCCCCUGUGUCCACAUGGCUAACGUCUUCGUCUAUGGCACCCUGAAAAAGGGGCAGCCCAACUACUAUCGUAUGUUUGACAGCGCCAAUGGAAAGACGGAGUUCCUCGCCUCAGCCUACACCAUUCAGAAAUACCCGUUGGUGAUCGCCACUGAGAACAACAUCCCUUUCCUCCUCAACAUCCCCGGCCAGGGUCACCAAAUCCAAGGUGAGAUCUAUAAAGUGGAUGAGCAGAUGCUGAAAUUCCUGGAUGAUUUUGAGGGCAUUCCCACCAUGUACCAGCGGACUCUGAUCAAAAUGGAGGUGAAGGAAUGGGUGGGACCAACAGAGGACGAGGAGAAGCCGUCACCUGGAAGCAUCACAGAGGCUUUUGUGUACAGCACAACAACGUACAAGCCAGAGUGGAUCUCGCUGCCCAGCUACGAGAGCUACGACUCAUAUGGGGAUCACGGGCUCGAGUACGUCACCAGAGAAGCACGAGACUGA